AUGGAAAACGUCAGAUGGCCCUCUGCAGUUGAAUCGCAUGGAUUUCGAAGUUUUCCGAACGCGUUCCCUGCACCGAAUCCUGCAUUGAGGCGACCGAACGAAUUCCAUGAUCCACUGGACUACGAUGAACGUGACAGUGAUGACCUUCCGGACUUGGAACCCAUCGAACCUGGAGAUAGCUUGUGGCUUUGUGUGAACUGCCACAGUGCCGACUGGAGACGUGAAGGAGCUGCCUGGACCUGCAUGUCCUGUGGAUGCAAUCGUUUUCGAGACGCAUUUCUGGAAGACAGCAGAAGGGUACAGCCACCACCCAGACCUUGGCACUAUGAGCGUUCUUGGCCGCGAGAUUACCCAGAUGUUCGGAUGCCUGACGAUCCGAGACCUAUGAGCGAGCCCAAUGAAGACUAUGAAAACCCAGCUGUGUCUGAGCAGUUGACGAAUGAUCCCACUGUUGAUCCUGAUGACCCAGUGGAGACUCCUGAAAGACUAAGCAGACGACAACGACGCGCUGCUAGGAAAAAGGAUGCACUACAUGCUGAUCAACUUGGACGUCGUAAAGUUUCACUUGACACAUCGAUGCAAUCGACAAGACGUGGAGGAGCACCCUCACCUUCAAGCCCUGGCCAUUCAGACGGAGGACAAUCUUCCAGUAAGCCUUCCAGCAAGCUUUCCAGCAAGCUUUCCAGCAAGCCUUCUACUGGCCCGCAUGGACAGUGGCGAGAUGAGAUGUUGAAGAAGCUUGUUGACCAAGGCACCAAGGAGCCUUGGAACAUUGCAAUGGGACCUUCACCUGGCUUGAAGUAUCGUGGAGGCACACCACCACAGCCACCACCGUGGACCUACGCAAAAGAUGAUCUUCGAGCUUUCUCCAAGUGGGAAAGGAAACUGGAUGUUUGGCGUUUGCAGAUCCGAGCCUACCUCCCUCCAAGGGAAUCCAGCCUUAUGCUAUACUCGUCACUUCGUGGAGAUGCAGAAGAAGAACUUGAGCAUUGCGAUCUGAAGAAGGUGGACUCUGACGACGGUGUUGACUACAUCGUCGAAAUGCUGCGGGCCCCAUUGAUGACCAAGACCAUUUACCUCAAGCGCAAGUACCUCCAUGAGUUUGAGACCAUUCAGAGGCACUUUGGGGAGAGCAUCAGAGAUUUCACCAACCGAUAUCAUAGAACUGAACGAUCGCUGCUAGCAGUUGGCAUCAAUGCUCAGGCCAUGUAUGAUGAGGAGUCAAGGGGAUCCAGAAUCCUCGACAGAAUGAGAUUGAGCUUGGAGGCGCAGCGCCUUGUGCUUGUGGGUUGUCAGCAAAGCUUGAAGUAUCACGAUGUGGUUGAGUCUGCAUUGCUGCAAUUCCCGCAGCACCGCGGAGGACAAAGCAACCAAAAAGGUAGCAAGGGCGAUUCCAAAGGCAAACGCCCGUCAGACUUCACCAACACCAAGAGGACCUAUGUUGCUGAGAACCCUGACCAUGAGGACCAACCUACCGAAGAUCAUACAGAAGAACAGGCAGCCGAUGAGGAUGCCGACCAACAAGCUCCUGAUGGAGAUGAGGCCGACGAGAACCAAGAAGAUGAAGGUGCCCCUGAGGGUGAAGAUGAUGAGCUCGAUUCUAGCCUCCGUGACGUUGUGCAAUGCUUGACAGUGACUGCAAGGCGUCUCCAAAGUUUGACAUUGGGACGUCGCUUCAGCGGCAAGAAGACGAUAGAGCAGAGAAAGCAGGAAAGUCAUUGCGCAGUUUGCGGUGAGAAAGGGCAUUGGCAGGGCGAUGCAGCCUGCCGUCAAAGUUCAAAGCCUGCUGCUGGCAAAGGUGGAGCCAAAGGUGAUGCCAAGAAGCCAGACAAGCCUUCGUCAGCACCAGCCAAAAGAGUUUUGCGCGUGCAGCAGCCCAACGGAUCUCUCAAGUCGGUCAGCUUUGAUGAAGAUGAUGAUGGUGAGAAGCUGGAAAGAUACAACCUCAAGAUGCACACCAGCCCCAACAAGGGCGAUCGUGAAUUGAUGCUGCCACCACAGGCUCUCAAGGUUUGCAACACACGACCUGAUAGCCCAAGCAAUGCUUCAAGGAGCUCCUCCACGAUGGUUGCAGAACUGGAGCCGCUUCGUUGCAGCACUUUUUCAAGCGGAAAAGCUUCUAUGCCAGGUGAUGAUACAGGCAGUGAAGCUACGAAUUCGACCAAGGCCUUGGCUGACCUUCCAAGACCCUCUCGAGAUGGACAACAUGAUGAAGUUGAUGGACGUGUCCCAACAGCCUUGCCAACAUCCGUCAAUUCGACGGUACGGGAACAGGCACGGCAGUUUCGCCAAGCGCCAGGAUUGCCAAAAGGGGUGGCGGUGGUCAGACGAACAAGAUCGCUGGGUAGAUCCAGCGCCAUCGCGGCGGCCACAACUGCCAUCGCCUGCAUCCUCAACAGCGUCAACCUUUGUGGACAAGAACCGAAAGCCCCGUUGGACCCUGGCAGUCCCGACUUCCUCAACAACUUCGGAGCCAGCUCGCCCCGCGCCAAUCAUGGAUGCUAUCAAGCCACCUCCAACAACCAAGGAGAAGAAGAGCACGGCCAGACCCAAGAGUUCUGGCGCUGGCAAGCGGAGAGCAGCCCUCAAGGGGAAGGAAGAGGCGGAGGAAAUCUCCGACGAGUACGACUGGUCGAUGAUCGAACCAUGAUGAAGAGACCCAAAACCACAUGGGUCACUGGGCACUGGAGGCAAGUCCUGAAGACCUACGAGAUGGAGAAUCAGGCCUAUGCUCAGAUGCCCAACCACAAGGACAAGAUGCAGUUCGGCCCCAAGAUUGACCUCCUGGAAGUGUUUGCCGGCAGUGCCAAUUUGACAGCAAGAGCCCCUCGGUUCAAGCUUUCCGCCCUGGAACCCGUUGACAUCAAGAUCAACGUUGAUCUCACCACACCAGAAGGACGAGCCAUCGUCUGGAGAGCCGUGAUCGACCUCUACUGGUCGUCGUGGAAUGGCGAGCUUGAACAACUGCGACAGCAAGAACGACCUCUGGUGGAGUUUGGCGCUGACCUUAUGCACUAUCAGCACGAACAUGACAGGUUCUACUUGGGCGAAAAUCCAUUGAGAUCCCGCAUCUGGAAAGAGGAGCCCGUGGUCUCUGUCACCGAACUGCCGGACAACAUAACCACACGAUGCGAUGCUGGAGCCUACGGUGCAGAAACCGAAGAUGGCUGGCCUAUCCAAAAACCACAUCAAUGGAUUGGCAACUCCAAGGAGAUCAUGGCAGAACUAUGUCGGGUCCUCACUGAUGAAGCCAAGCUCUACACCAAGCCCGUGCAGGGCAAAGACACAGAAGCCAGUGGCCGAUACUGUGAUGGCCUUUGUGACGCCAUCCUUCGUGGCCUCAAACGUGAAGCUGUUGCACGAGACCCUCUCAGAUUUCGACCACCUGAGAAGACUUCAGUGUACUAUGUCAAGCCCACCAACGACGAGCAGGCUUGGGACUCUCUCCUCAACACUUUUGAGAAGAGGUUUGAGAACACGCACAAGAAGCCAUACAACCUGCCAACCAAUGACGACCUCUACAACGAGAUCUGCAGAUUGGUGCCUUGGGACAUUGAGCGUAUCCAAGUGGCAUGGCUUCCUGUGGCUCGUCGAUGGCCAACUGACAUACCAUUCACACACCGUGGAGCAGCCCUUCGAACAGCCAGUGGCAAGAUCAUCCUGGAGAGCGAAGAUUUGUCUUCAGUGGUGUACCCAAAACAAAGGUAUUUCGAGACAAUUCGUCUCGGCAUUUUCUUCUUUGGUCAUGCUCCAGGUGGACCUCAAGAUGAUUCGCAAGAUGCUUCUCAAGACGCAACAACAGAUGGAGCCGAACAACGUCCACAACAAGAAGCUCCAUCAUCAAAGGACCUAGUCAGUGGAAUGACAACUGACAUUUGGUUCGAAGAUGCACCACCUGAGAUGACCAAGGAGCUGAAGAAGUCACUGGCACGCCUUCAUGCCAAUAUGGGCCAUCCGCCGAAAGAAGAGCUGAUCCGCAUUCUUGCUGCCUCCAACAACUUGAGCAGCAAGGUUUUAGCUGGACUCGAUGCACUACGUUGUGGAAGUUGCCUACGAUUGACCUUGCCCAAAAAGCCUGCAGUUUCUUCCACAUCAACAAUGAAUGCCUCAGCAUUUGGAGAUCGACUUCAGGCUGACAUCGUCUACAUUCGGACUUUGUCACAGAAUGUCCCAGUUCUUGGAAUAGUGGAUGAAUUCACGAACUACAUCGUGGCCACAACUCUGACUGACAGACAUCCUGCGACAGUGCUGAAGACCUUUCUGACGAUGUGGUAUCAUCCACUUGGACUCCCACAACACCUGACAGUCGACCCCGACACGGCAUUUCUGGGCAACAUGGAAGAGUGGCAUGCACGCCACGGCAUCGAGUAUGAGAUCAUCCCAGCUGAAGAACAUUGGCGAAUUGGCAAGAUUGAAAGAAGGAACGCCCUUCUUCGAACUUUGGUGGAAAGGCUUGUCGACCAUCAUGCAGUGGUCAGCCGAGAAGCUCUUGAUGAAGUGGUUGUGGCAGCCUGCCACUCACUCAACAGCAGCACAUACAGCUAUGGCAGAUCGCCAUUUCAAGCUGUGUUCGGAAGGAUCCCCAGGCCACUGGGCGAUUUGCUCUCUGACGACAAGGCCCUGGUGAUCAGCAACAACGACAACCAGAUCUUCCGACCAGAGCUGCUGAGAGCUGAGGCAGUUACCACAUUGAUGCAGAUUUCCGCAUCACAAGCUGUACGUCGAGGCCUCCUCCGAAAAACCAGACCACAACAAGAUCUACCUCGACUUCAACCUGGACAGACCAUUGCAUUCUGGCGGUGGCAAGGAAGAUCCCGGCAGCACAAAAAGGGAUCAUGGAGUCUGGGCAGAUACUUGGCCAGCGACCCCGACAAGAAAUCCUCAUGGAUUCAAGUGGGCAAAACAACCAUUCGCAUUGGCAACAACCAGAUUCGCCUGGCUUGCGGAUGGGAGGACUGGUCACCUUCGGAGGAAGAUGUCAAGCUGCUGAAAGACGCAGAAGCCAACCUUUCACAAGGCCUGCGGGACGACAGUCGCGGCGAUCCUCCUGGAGAAGAUGAAGCCCAAAUGAUCGACCAGGAGAUCUUCAACUUUCGACCCAUUCAGGAACCACGACUUCAUUCAGCACAAACUGAACUACAAGAUCAAUCACUACCACCAACACCACGGCCAGAAACCGCACAAGCACCAACCGACUUACUACCAGACAUAUCACCAGACAUACCAAUGAGCACACUCGACCUACCAGCACCCACCAUACAACAAGCACGCGAUCAAGAACAACCAACACAACAGCCCAGUGCCGCAGCAGCAGAACAUACAUUCCAACAGCAACUACAACUUGCCAUGCUCAGAAGCCAACAACAGCAGUACAACACACAACAUGUGACAAUUAACAUUGACUCACCGACCUACCAACAAUAUCAACCCAACUUUGGACCAACAAUGCCAACACCGAGAAGCCGACACCGCUCUCGAACACCCAAUGCAUCCAGAGACCGUAGGCCAACACCCCUACGUCAAGCAGAACAAAGACCAGCACUAACGGAUGCAACAACAACGACACAAGUUCAACCACCAUCAACACAACCUGAUUCAGCACAACAGUACAACCAACCUUCUUCAUUACCAUCUCAAGCCGCAGCCACAGCCACAGCAGUACCACAAGCAACCACGCCUGACAUACAAGCAGCACCAAGCACUCCACAACCACCUGAACGACUUCCAGAAUUGCCACAAAAACGACCCGCUGAUGCCCUCAUCAACUACUACAUGACUGACGAUGGGUCGCUUCAACCAUUGAUCCAUUGGGAUGGCAGCGAAGAACUGUCACUGCCAUACGCCAAAAGUGACCGAUGCCACCAAGCCUAUCUCAACAGCAAGCAGAGAGAGAUUGAGCUCUCAGGGAUCGGCGAAUUCACUCGACCCGAUCAUGACUCGUCCGACGAGGACCUGCAGCUGUCCAAUGAGAGAGGCAUGACCCGCCAGGAAGCAAAACAACUUGACAGAGAAAUUCCCUGGCGGGAUAUCAUGAAGCAAGAUGAAGCAACCAUCCAGCAGUACGUUGAAAGUGCCAUCAGCGAGUACAAUGGAUGGAUGAAAUGGGGCGGCGUCAGGGCGAUCCCGGAGGAUGAAGCAAAUCGCAUCCGAAAUUCUGCGAAAAUGCGCCGCAGAAUCAUGAAAAGCCGUGCGGCCUACCGGGAUAAGAACAGAGGACAACGUGCACUACGUCCAAAAACCAGAGUUGUGGUGAUUGGAUGUGCUGACCCUGACCUUCGCCAAUUGUCAAGAGACAGCCCUACACCAACGCGCCUCUUAGAGAUGAUUAUCCUCUGCAUAGCAACCUCUGGCGCAAAUGGCGAGUUCAACAUGGAUGGACUCCGAUGGACUCUAUGGCUGUCAGAUGCUGAGAAGGCAUUCUUUCAAGGAUUUCAAGACAAGUCCGAGAAGAAUGGACCAAUUUUCAUGGAACCUCCACGCGAUCCCAUUCAACAACGCGCCAAAGCUUUUGCCGCUGCCUUGUACGAGAUACUGGGCAACUGCUAUAUGGCCUUAGCAAUGCACCUCGCACUUGGUACAUUGCUGUGGAUGCGAAACUUCGAAAGAAUAGAUUUAUCCAGCACAGCCUUGACCGCUGCUUCUACAUGCACUUCGACGCCAGUGGCCAACUGA